UAUAUACCCUUACAAACCCAUGAAUUUCAGUGGAGUUCAAAUUCUCUGCUCAUUCUCUACAUCUUCCUCUGUGACAAGAAUAGCUUCUCUUCAAUGAAGCUCCAACGAUCACAUUCAAAAUUGUCUAUUCUGUCUGCAGACUCUAUUCUCCCCUAGUUUUUGUUGCUCUGUUUAUCUGGGUCGGUGUCACUUAAGUCAAACUCACUGAGCAAGUGGUGGUGUACGCCAAGUCGCUCAUGGAGAGUUAAUUUAUUGGCGGUGUUCUCCCUCAAGAUCCUCGUGUCUCCAGUGUUCAUGAUCACUGCAUCCAUAUUGCUUUCUCUCCUUCAAUUCAGUGCAAACUAGAAAUUCCAAACAGAAAACAAAGAAAUUUUCUGUAAAUCUGAGGAAACAAAGUUUUCAGAAGAAGAAUACAAAUGGAAUACAAAAUAGAACAAGAUUCGGAAAUCAAAAAGUGUUUUGAUUCUUAUGAGUUGACCAGGAGUUUCGAAGAAACGUUUGUAGAAUGGGAUGUGAAAGCUCCGCUGGAGGUUAUAUACGAAGACACGACGGAGAACAGGGAGGGGUGGCGAACCAGAAUGAUGAAAAAGAUCUCGCCUGGUUGAUUGAGAGGUACCCAUCUUUGUCGUACUACCCUAAAUUGAACUCAGACAGCUCUGGGUUUUCUCAAACAGCCGAGAAGCAUGUGAAUGUGAUGAUCGUUGCCGUCGAUGACAACGAGCACAGCACCUACGCGUUGGAGUGGACGAUGCUCCUACUGCCGUCGAUCAGCCUUCUUCUUCUUCUCUCAAGCCCAGAUGUUGUGACUUGUGAAUUUGGGGUUAUGAAAUUGAUUGUGUCUUUGGAGUUUGUAGCUUGAAGGAAAUUAGAUAAAUUUUUUUCCUGCUUGCUAAGAUUGAAAUAAAAUGUUCGACCCUAAUGAAAUCAGAAUGUCUGAAACAAAAUAUGUACAUUAGCAUUUACAUAUUGUAUGUUCCCGAGUUGCAUAUUUUGAAGGAUGGUAUUAAUGAGCUUAUAUAUCAGUCUUAUCCAUAAACUUUUAUUUAAACUCUGAAUUGUAUAGACUGUAUUAAUAUAUAUUUUUGCUUAUUGAUGGUAUUUUCUACAAGCAUCCUACAAUUAAGAGUCCAUGAAAUGUGGAACUAAAGAUGACCCAAAGACACAUUCUCAGAGGAGUUUUCUCUUAUCAUGGCUGAAGUAAUUGGAUCAUUAUGUAUCUGCUCGGUUUUUAUUGUUUCCUUCUCCUUUUCAAGAGGACAGUCCAAGACAAUGAGGAGGAAAGAAAUCCAAAGAAAAUAAAGGUGUGCUGAUGGGUAUCCUUUUCUUGUUGCUUCUUUUUUAAGGGGAAUUUUUGUUCUCUUUUUAAUCCUCUCCUCUUUUCCAAUAUUACUCAUCAAAUUUAUUUUUCAUGUAUAAAGGAUAUUUCUUUGA